AUGCCCGUCAUGGCCCAACACGGGUUCAACCACUUUGGCUCCGCCCCAAAUGGUGGCAACAUUGAUCCCAAUGACCUCGCCAUGGGCAGUGGCUACUCUCCCUCGUUCAACAACAGUAGCUCCGGCAAUAAUAGCAGUAACAACUUCAACUCUGCGUCCGGGACCGCCCCCAACGGCUUCUCCAGCGGCUCGGCCGUCUUUGGAGAUGACGAACUGCUCGACGGCCUGGCAAGCCCUUCUGAGGGCCACUCGGGCAUGCAUGGCCAGGGCCAAGACUUCACUACCAUGAACAUGAAUGGUUACUCCAACACACCAGAUGGAGACCCGAUCCAGAGCCCCUAUACUGCCGGCUUCAAUACUCAAUUCCGGCAGAUGCAGAACAACCAUUCGUUUGGCACCUCGAUCCACUCGCCCAUGUCCUACUCUGGAUCUCCGCUGGCGGGAGCAGACAUGGGCGCCGACGGCAACGACCCCAACUAUCUCAAUGCAAAGGCAAGAGCCCGCAUGUCGCAACAGAUGCAGCGCAAGGCCUCAACCGCCCGAAGCCCCAUGACACCCAAGACCAGCAGCAUCCACGGCAUUCCCAUAGGAUCCCAAGACUCGCCUGGUUUCGGCACGCAGCCCAUACGCAACUCGGGCAGCCAUGAAAAGUCCCCGUCGGGUCAGUGGAUGAACACUCCUACUGGAAGCAUCCCUGCCUCGUACAACUCGGGCUUCUCCUCCCCCAUGCAACAGGGCAUGGUCCCCAUCAACGAGGUCAUGCUCAAGGGCGGCACAUCCAUGCCUGCCAAGCUGGGCGUGAAUCCCAGCCCUGUCUCGACCCAGGAGAUGAAGCGCAAACGGCGCCGCGAGUCCCACAAUCUCGUCGAGCGCCGACGCCGCGAUAACAUCAAUGAGAGAAUCCAAGACCUUAGCAAGCUUGUGCCCACGCAUCGCCUGGAGGACGAGAAGAUCCGCAAACUGAUACAGAACGGCACGCCCUUGUCCCCGACCCUCACCGGCAUCUCCAGCCCAUCGCAGGCCACGUCGGGACUGGCUGGACCGGGCGCCCGACGCGCGGCCGGAGGCAGUUCUGGCAACAUCACCACCGGUCUUCCCAUUGAGGAAAAAGACAAGGGCCCGAACAAGGGCGACAUCCUCAACGGCGCCGUCAGCUGGACCCGUGACCUGAUGUGGAUGCUGCAUCUCAAGCUCCAGCAACAAGAGGAGCUCAUGAACAACAUUGCUGAGCUCGGUGGACACUUUCCCUUUGAGUUGACCGAGGAUGAGAGGCGCAUGCAGACUGAGCUAAUGGAUGCCAUGGUUAAGAGCGAGACGGGCUCCUUCUCAUACUCGCGGACUUCCGGGUCCGGCCUCCGUGUGCCAAACCAUACAGACUACCGCGGGGACCCUGUCAACUCCUUGACGGCCAACCUGGAUUCUAUUGGAAUCACCCCCGAAGAGAAUGGCAAUGUGAGCAUGGGCGGAGAAAUUGGCGAUGGCACGACGCAGUUCUGGAACGACCCUGACGACGACGGAGAAGGGCACGGCUCUCUCAACUUCAAGGAGGAGGACGAGUACGACAUGGACCUUACUCACUAG